AUGCAAAAAUACGACAUCAGUGUGAAUUAUCCAUUGUAUGAUUUGCCCAGUGCCGAGAUGGAAUUAAACUCCAAAACUAUGGAAGAACUUAAAGGAUACGAAACACGAGUUUGGAACGUACAUUCGGAUGUAAUGCAUACUCAAUUAAUGGCAUUCGAAGAUGAAAUAGGUGUUGCUUAUUGGGAUUGCAUUGGAAUGGGGCAACGUUUGAGAUUUCUAUGGGAUGAUAUGAUUGAAGCAAUCUCGAAUCUGAAGAAAAGAACCAAUGAUCAAGUUGUCCCAAAUUAUACAAAAUAA